CGUCAACCAUUCACACUGCGUGCUUGUGUAGAAAGUAACACUCCUUACUGGUCGCCAUCAAACGAACUACACAAGGCUUAAUCGAGUCUGACUCCUAACUCAGUGAAUCUUAUCUUUGAAUAUCUCAGACUUGGAUUCCUCAUCAUGCGUGAAUGUAUCUCUAUCCAUGUCGGCCAGGCCGGAGUCCAGAUGGGCAAUGCCUGCUGGGAGCUGUACUGCCUGGAGCACGGCAUCCAGCCUGAUGGUCAGAUGCCCAGUGACAAGACCAUCGGAGGUGGUGACGACUCCUUCAACACCUUCUUCAGCGAGACCGGCGCUGGCAAGCACGUCCCUCGUGCCGUUUUUGUCGAUCUGGAACCAACCGUUGUCGAUGAGGUUCGUACUGGCACCUACCGCCAGCUCUUCCACCCUGAGCAGCUGAUCACAGGGAAGGAGGAUGCAGCCAACAACUAUGCCAGAGGCCACUACACCGUCGGCAAAGAGCUCAUUGACCAAGUGCUUGACAGAAUCCGUAAGUUGGCUGACCAGUGCACGGGUCUCCAGGGUUUCCUCAUCUUCCACAGCUUCGGUGGAGGCACCGGUUCUGGCUUCACAUCCUUGUUGAUGGAGCGUCUUUCUGUCGACUACGGCAAGAAGUCCAAGCUGGAGUUCGCCGUCUACCCAGCCCCACAGAUCUCCACUGCUGUUGUUGAGCCCUACAACUCCAUCCUGACCACUCAUACCACCCUGGAGCACUCUGACUGUGCCUUUAUGGUCGACAACGAGGCUAUCUACGACAUCUGUCGUCGCAAUCUCGACAUCGAGCGCCCAAGCUACACCAAUCUCAACCGUCUGAUCGGUCAGAUUGUGUCCUCCAUCACUGCUUCGCUUCGUUUCGACGGCUCUUUGAAUGUCGACCUGACUGAGUUCCAGACCAACUUGGUGCCCUACCCCCGCAUCCACUUUCCACUUGUUACCUACGCCCCUGUCAUCUCUGCUGAGAAAGCCUACCAUGAGCAGCUGACUGUUGCAGAGAUCACCAACUCUUGCUUCGAGCCGGCCAACCAGAUGGUGAAGUGCGAUCCCCGUCACGGCAAGUACAUGGCCUGCUGUCUGCUCUUUCGUGGUGAUGUCGUCCCUAAAGAUGUCAACGCCUCAAUCGCAACCAUCAAGACCAAGCGCACCAUCCAGUUCGUGGACUGGUGUCCAACUGGCUUCAAGGUGGGCAUCAACUACCAGCCACCCACCGUCGUGCCUGGCGGUGAUCUGGCCAAGGUGCAGCGUGCCGUCUGCAUGCUGAGCAACACCACGGCAAUCGCCGAGGCCUGGGCUCGUCUGGAUCACAAGUUUGAUCUGAUGUACGCCAAGCGUGCCUUUGUCCACUGGUACGUGGGAGAGGGUAUGGAGGAAGGUGAGUUCUCUGAGGCUCGUGAGGAUCUGGCUGCCCUGGAGAAGGAUUACGAGGAGGUUGGAAUGGAUUCAGCUGAUGGAGGUGAAGAAGACGAAGGAGAUGAGUACUGAACGUUCUGAUUAUUGAAGGCAAAUUUGAGUAAAUUAUUUACGAUUUUAUUUAUAUGAGGCCAAUAAAAAAUUAGAAAAGUUUGUUGUAAACUUAUGAGGUAAAAAUAUUUUGAAACUAAAAUGUUGUCACUAGAGUAAAACUGACUGACCAGUAGGCCCCACCCACUGCGCACGUGGGAACAACACGUGGUUCUUUCCAUCACAUUUCCAUACGCGCGCACCGCAUGAUAUGUCGAAUUUAUGUGAACGCAUAACAUUAUUCACAGUUGUGAUUGGUUAAAACACAAUUGGGCGGGGCUUAAUGGGCGGGGCUUAAUGGGCGCCGAGUUUGGGUGUGAUAUUGAAGAUAUGCAUAGGCCGAUAAAACCUCAUGUGGGUCGAGGGUUUGAAAUGGGUUUUAUGAAUAAUACCUGCCAAAUUUAGGGAAAAAGGGAAACUUGAUCAAAAUCCUGGCAUAUUUACCGAUGAGAAGUAAAUGUUUUUCAGACUCAGAUUGUGAAUUCAAAACAGUGAAAAUAUUUUUUUCUAAGUAAGAGUAUAUUGAAGCGAUCUAAAUUGUCAUUUUAUUAGCUAAAUCUAGAAUUUGGUAUCAGGAAAAAGUACUUUUAGUCUGUCAAUGAGGAGCGAAUACUAUUUUUAUGGUCACGUGAUCAUGGUCUGAUGAUCAAAUAAUUAACCAAUCGCAGUGGAAUCGUGUCAACGCAGAUUGUGAAAUAUGGAUGUAGAACGCGCAAAAUUUGAGACAAAGACAAGUUUUUUCAAAAUUACAUAUGGUUGUCUAAGGGGCGUGGCUAAGUCGCAAACGACGAUAGGUCAAUUAACGAUGGUUUUGUAUGACAGUUACUAUAAAAUCAAGUAUAAUUCAUUAUUAUUCUAAUUAAAGGCGCGUGGGAACAUUGGAAGUUAAAGAUGCAUUUAUUUCCCCGUGAUAUUUCUAGUUGCACCCCAAAAAAAUCCAAUUAUUAUUUUCCUAGUAAUAUAAAAGUUAUUAUUUUCAAUAAAAUAUCGAACGAAGAAACGUUUAGUUAUUGAAUGAUUUCUUUAUAAAAUUCAAACAUUAUUUACGGCCGGACAAUAUUUCGGCAGGGCGAGUUCAGGCAUGCGCAAAAUGAAAUUCCUUUUUUUUUUCAGAGUGUUGCAGCUGUCCAAUAUCGCUGGGAAAAGGUUUUUUUCGUUAAAAGAAAAUCAAUCCUUUUUUUUAAGAGCAUGGGGCGCACAACUUUAACAGGCAAAACACCUGACGAUUUAAUGAGGAACACUUUGUUCAAAGUGAAUAUCAGAAUUGACUCAAUACAUUGUGAACAUUUCCCGCCUAAUACUGUUAAGAAUACAGGGCGAGUUAAAAAAAAAAA